GCUACGGAAGCCCAGAGGCGUUGUUUCUCCUCCUCCUCCUCUUCCUUCAGUCCAAGAGCAGCGCUGGGCCGGGAGGGCCGCCCAGCCGGGCUGGCGGCAGUGGCGGGAGAGGGAGGAGGAGGAGGAAGGCGAACAAGAUGGCGACGCCGCUGCUGUCCCUCUCUGAGGGGGAAGGCGCCCGCGCUCGGCGGAGGGAGCAGCUCCGAGCCUGGGCUGAGGCUGAAGCUGAAGCAGCAGCGGCAACAACGGAGAAGGCUGCUGCUCCGGCGGCUGCUCCUGGCUCGGCCCCGCCUCCUUCUUCUCCUUCUCCCGCCGGUUUCAAGGCCUCUCCCGAAGCGGGCUCCGAGCGGCGGCGGAGGCAGCGGCGGCCCAGAGUGGUGCGCUUCGAGGCGGCGGCCGAGUUCUUGGCUUGCUGCGCCGGGGCCGAGCUGGAGGCGGCGAAGGAGAUGCUGGCCGCAGACCCCGGGGCCGUCAACGGGACCAACGCGGACGGCAUCAGCGCCCUCCACCAGGCCUGCAUCGAUGAGAACAUGGAGGUGGUUGAAUUUCUGGUGAUGAAUGGAGCUGAUGUGAACCAGGCUGACAAUGAGGGCUGGACUCCUUUGCAUGUUGCUGCAUCCUGCGACUACAUCGAAAUCGCACAAUAUCUCUUGGACCACGGUGCCAACAUUGCUGCAGUGAACAGUGACGGGGAUGUGCCAUUGGACAUUGCUGAGGCUGAUAACAUGGAGGCUUUGUUGCGUUCUGAGAUUGGAAAGAGAGGGGUAGAUGUAGAAGUAGCCAAGCGAGAGGAGGAGGAAAUCAUGCUUCGUGAUGCUCGUCAAUGGCUGAAUGCUGGCAAAAUAUCUGACGAGUCACACCCCAAAACCGGAGCCACUGCCCUGCAUGUGGCAGCUGCCAAAGGCUACAUUGAGGUUAUGAGGCUGCUCUUACAAGCUGGCUAUGAGCCCAAUGUGCGGGACAAAGAUGGCUGGGCUCCCUUACAUGCGGCAGCCCACUGGGGAGUGGAAGAGGCCUGCCGCCUUUUGGCCGAGCACUUUUGUGAUAUGGAGGCACUCAACAAUGUGGGUCAGCGUCCCUGUGAUCUUGCAGAUGAAGAUACUUUGGCUUUACUUGAGGAGCUGCAACAUAAGCAAAAUGAUCUGCGCAGCAAGAAAGAAGCCCACCUGAUGCAAGCUGUAAUCGACACCAGCUUGGAACAGCCCCCAUCUUACACAAGCAAGCACCGAAGGAGCUCUGUAUGCCGAAUGAGCAGCAAGGAGAAGAUCUCUGUCCAGGACCAAUCAAAGGAACGCAAGACGUUGGGGACCAUCGCUGUUGGCGAGGAGGAGACCAGUUCAGCCUCAGAAGGAGAGGAAACUCCUGAUACCAAUGAGGUGAAGACCACUCCCGUGACAGAUAGCAGUGCAGUGAAUGGAGUCUCUGUGAUCCCCAUUACUCCUCUGUCCCCCAGUCCCACAGGGCAGAAGUUCUCUGGAGGCUCCAGCCGCACCAUGGAACCAGAGGAUGCAGCAGCCCCUGCCAUCUGGAGGCAGAGCCUACGUAAGACGAGCAGUUUUGGGGUGCUGCAGGAUGCCAGACUGGAGGAUGGGGCUGCCAAGGAAGGCAGCGGCAUCAAGCGCUCAGCAUCAAGUCCCCGGCUUGAUACAGAGGAAAAGCAAGACAUCCGGGAGCUCUUACAGAAGUGGAACAAGAACCCCAUUGGCCCAGGGUUAGCCCAUAGGAGUGCUGCUUCUGAGUCAGCCGCUGACCCGAGCAAAGAACCACGCCUGGCCCGGGUAACCCCAACACCUACUCGGCGGAUAUUUGCCCUUCCAGACACAGAACCCCACAGAGAUCCCCGGAGAGCAAACUUAGAAGGUGGCCUUCAGAUGAAGAUAGAUACAGCCCUUGUCCCACACCAGUCCCUCUCUUCCACUGCCAUCAGCUCUGGCAUGGAUCCUCAGGAUCGCCGAAGGUCAUACCAGACGCCAGUGCGAGAUGAAGAGUCAGAAUCCCAGAGGAAGGCCCGUUCCAGGCUCAUGAGGCAGUCCAGACGCUCCACACAGGGUGUUACCCUCACAGAUCUAAAAGAGGCUGAGAAGACAAUGGGCCGGACCGGGGAUUCCAAAACUAUGUCAGAACAGAGAAGCAAGGAGGAUGAGAAGCAUGACAAAGAUGAAGAGCAGCAUGCCCAGGAGUCUACGGUAGAGGCUUGGGACUCAUCUAGAAGAUUCCGGCUCUCCAGUUCAGACAGUGCUUCAGUUUAUACUGUGAAUCCAUUAGUGGUGAAUUCGCAGCCCAGAAAGGGCUCCGAAGCUGAUGAGACCGGCUCAGAGGCAGAUACAGACCUCCGGAACAGAUUGGCUAUUCGGGACCGCAGAAAAGGCCGUCGAGAGAGACGCAUCACCGGAUUGGGCGGGAACUCAGAGGGUGAGGAUGACGAAGAUGCUGAGCAAGUCAACAAUGAAGAUCCCUCUGGACAUGGCAGUGAACACCUAAAUAACCUCCUACCAAACCGGACAGCUCCCUACAGCUGCCAGAGACGGAACAGCGCUUCAUCGGGUUGCAAAGAGGAACCCGAUCACUAUUACAAGAAAUUGUAUGAAGAUCUCUCGAUAGAGAAUGAAAAACUAAAGGAACAACUACAAGAAGCACAGCUGCAGCUGACACAAAUCAAGCUGGAGCUAGAAAGAGUGACUCAGAUGAUAUUGCAUCACAAAAUCUACAUUCUCAGGAUCUUUCUGGAUUCAAGAGGAACGCCGAGCUUUGGAGAGGAAAGCCGCAGAGCUAGAGGAAGAGUUGAAGGCUCUUUCAGAUUUGAAGGCUGACAACCAGCGUCUCAAGGAUGAAAAUGCCGCUCUUAUACGUGUUAUCAGCAAACUCUCCAAGUGACCACUGCUGCCACGGCCCCUUGAUGAAGUGGAGCCUUAUUCUGCGCGCUCCUUCUUGCGCACCAGCUCCUCAAUAAGGACAGGAGAAAUACAUGAGGAGAGGGGCAGCCAAGUUUGUAUCGCCACCAAAACACUCCAGAUUUGGGCUCUUCCAAGCCUCAGCCAACCAGAAGCCCACCAACCAUGCUUUUCUACAAAGAAGGCAAAGUUUGUCAGCAGAAACAAUGUCUUGCACGUACCCUUUUUAUUUUUCCCCUUUUCCUUUUCUUUUUACUUCUUCAGAGACAGUAUUUAUUUUGUGGCUUCCUUACAGUGAUGUUAUUUGCUUGUUGCUUUUCCUUCAGUGAAUAAAGGGAGUGAGAGUGAUAGGAGCCAUUCUUUUUGGAGGCUUGUAGAAGUGGUGUGGGCACAAUCCAGUUCAGCUUUUCUGGCAAUAGGGGAGAUGAAACAACAGUUUGGAAGCAAAAGGCCAGACUUUAGAAGCUGUGCAAAGAGUAGCAUUAAUGGGAAACCUAUAGUCUGGACUAUAAGAAUUGCUCCCUAAUGGAGAAUGGGCAUUGCUUAUAGCUCCUUAGGCUGCAGGCUUGAACCUUGUAAUCCAAGAGCAGCAUUGUCCCGGCACUGGUCAUCCCAUGGCAUGGGAGAGAGGUUGUCUGGACUCAGUCCAUGCAAGUUCUCACAGCAUGAUGAAGACUUAAUUAAUUGGUAAUUGCAUAAAUGCUGCCAGAGGGCAGCUGACUCAAAAGUAGUAGAGUAAAAAGGUUGCAUUUAGUAAAUGACUAUUGUAGCAGAGGGGAGCACAACCCAUAGCCUGUGGCUACAUCCCAUGUAGCCUUGUAAUCUACCGGGACUCCAUCCACUUUGUAGUAUAACAAUUAAUUGGGUUGCAAGAUCAGGAUAGUGAUGGUAGAAGUGCUGUUCUCUAGCUUCUCAAUUCGCUCUCAUCAUGCUACUUGUAGCACUGCAUAGACCAUGAUCUUGGUAGAAAUUGCUAGAGGAUGGGAAUGUUCCAAGAUGUGUUUAGGAGAAUGUAAGCUUUUGUGUGGAGAUAGAUGUGUGUAUGUAGCUCCAAGCUGUUAACACACGCAGAAGACAAGAAAGAUUGUGCAGCCCUGUUGUAGAGACCCAGGCAACUGAUCUGGGGCCUAGAAAACCUAAGCAAGCAGCUUAGAACAGGACAAUGGGGCGGGUGGGGAAAUGUGAUUGUAUGAGGCAUUGUAGCCACAGCCUGUUUGAGGCCUUGUAUGGUUUAAUCAGAGGGAGAAUCAAGUUGACUGUUAUUUUAUUUUUUUAAAUGGUGUGUAUGAUUGUCUGCCUUUCGGUUGUCUAGAACCAAAGGGACGCGGGAAUGCUGAGGGGGCAUUAUAUGGCAGAUGGGAUAGUAUUAAUUGCUGAGAAGAGUGUGAAGUGCCAUAGUUGUGGUGAGGGAAGACAGAGGCAAGGGUAUGGUUACAGUUGCUCCUUUCCCUUGGGCAAUUGACUUUGACUCCUGUCCUUCUUUUUCCACAACCUUUUUUGUUUAGAUGUGAGUUUGGUCCUCAGUUGUCCAGCGUUAGGCCAGACGCCAGAGGCUGUUCGUACUCCUUCCUUGCCGGAAUCAGGUCUAAAACCAAGCCCAAGAGAAACGUUCCCUUUCUUCUUUAUACCUUCUGGACACUACCCAGUCCAGCUGCAAGGUUAUCCAAAUGUUUAUAACCCUGGUGUCCGGCAUGGAUACCAGAGGCCGUAUCCAGCUCCAUAUUUGACAUUGCCCUAGUUGCCAACCUUUGACUCCCCGCUCCUCUUCCUCCAGAAGCUCUGCUUCCUUGACUCCUCCCUGGACUCCGCUGCUGCUUUCCUAGAGGCUAUGCGGGGUUCUACAUGUCUCUCCCGCAUUCUUCUUCCUGCACGCACACAAUCAAAUAUUUUCAACGUUAAAACUGAGGGCUAGAAGUACUUCCAAGUGAAACUGAGGGCUAGAAGUAAUUCCAAGAGAAACGGGUCCAAAGUACUACCCUGAAAAUCCUUUGUGUGUGUAUAUGUGUGUUUUUCCUGCGCUAUCAUGAGCCAAGAUUCCUCUGCCAAAAUAAAUAGUCCAUUCCUUUUUGCCAUGACCACCCUAUUACUCCCAUUCCCCUUCCUUCCCCUUCACCUGCCUUGGUCCAUGAAUUCCCCUCCCCAAACAUAUCUGUACAUAACAGAAGUAUUUUCUAUAUGGCUGCAUCGCCAACAAAAACAAGAAGAAAAAAUGCAGAAAAACCUAAAUGUGCAAUAUCGCAUGAGUAUUUUUUUUCCAAAGAAGUCUCUAUAUUGUACUUGUUUAUUCAGCAGCUCAGCUGCAUUUGUUUUAAAGGACAGGGAAAUGAAAGUUACCGUGUUUGACUAUAAUUAAAAAUGAUGAAAAAUUG